GUUGCUUGAGAGAGCUGCUGCAGGACCAGGAGAGAGAAGGAGGGAGGAAGCUGCUGCCGGCCUUGUGAACACAGUUGAAGCAGAUCUGAGAGGGUGGAACGAAAGGCUUGGUCGCAUCACUGACGCUGAGAAGCCAACGGAGCGAGGAGCAAGCUUCUUCCUUCACGAUGGGGAGUGACAACCAAGACAAAGACGGGUGGCCCACUUUCGCGCUUCUGGUGGUGUACGUGCACGGGGUCUACAUGCUCUCCUUCCUCAUCAUGCCCACUCUGCUGCUCAUGUCGAUUAUCUCCUCCUGGCGCUAUCUGCUGCUGCCGCCGUGGAUAGCCUACUUCCUGUGGACAUUCGACAGAUCAGAGGUCAGGCCGGUCAGCCCUCACCAACAACACGUGACGUGACAUCUGUCUGGCAGUUAACCGAUGGAUGUGAUGUGUGUGUUGUGUGCAGUAUCGCUUGGGCCGUCCGUGGCCCUGGCUGAGUCAGCACGCGUGGCCUCUGCAGGCUCUGCGGCGUUACUUCCCAUUCACCAUCCACGUGCCGCCGUCACUCGCCAAGACACCCGACCCCAAGACAGGGACUGGAGAGGCAGACGACCACCCGCCAAGGACUAAGAAGAAGGGGCCAUACAUCAUCGCCAUCCACCCUCACGGCUCGACAUCGGACUACAGGAUCAUCUGCGACGGGCUGCUCACUGACCACAUCGACUUCGGUUUCAGGGAGAACGCAGAGAGUGAGGGGUUCCCCUAUCGCACGCUGGCCGCAUCGUCGCUCUUCUGGUUCCCUAUCGCGAGGGAGGGCGCUCUGUGGACGGGCUGUGUGGAUGCGGGGAGAAGGACGGCCGAGUGUGUGCUGUCACACGGACUGAGCAUCCUGGUUGUGCCUGGAGGGCAGAGAGAAAUGCUCAUGACUCAGUGCGGCAAGGAGAUCAUCUAUCUGAAGAAACGCCUUGGCUUUGUGCGGCUCGCGGUGCGUCAUGGGGUGGCCCUUGUGCCGUGCUACGUCUUUGGGGCAUCUGGUAGGGAGGGGAGGGGGACUGAAAUGGAUGGAUGGAUGCGCUUUGUGUGUUAUUUAUUUCUGCCCCCUGUCAGAUACGUACUUCACAUGCCGUUUGCUGGAGAAGCUUCGUGAGUGGAUAUCUGAGCGGCUGAAGCUCACGAUUCCCCUCAUCUGUGGUGCGCCGCUGCUCAUGCCCAGACGCAUACCCAUGCACAUGGUCAGUCAACAGCGAUGAAGGACCACAUACACCUCACCCGCCUCCCACGCACGUCGGAUUCGAUUCGUGUGUUAUUCAGGUGUUCGGCGAUCCCGUGUCGCCCCCGUCGAUAGAGCGGCGUGAGGAGAGGUCAGAGGAGCAGCGGGUGGCAGAGAUGCAUGCCGCCUACGUGGAGGCUGUGCAGCGGCUGUUCGAUGAACACAAGGGGAAGUUCGGCUACGGGGAUCGACAGCUGAUCGUCUUGUGAAUUGGAUUAGCUAAUUCGAGCUGCACUUGUGCGGUGUGUGUAUGUAGACAAGACUACUGACUUGUAUAGACAAUUGCGUGUGAUGUGCCC